CAAUACACGGACGUUCGGUUUCAUGACGAGAGGUCUGCUCGACGCAUCGCGGGAUAUUUCGCGGAGAUUCGGAGUAAUUUUUUUUCCCCUUGUUUCUCAUCCGUUCUCAGGGCCGACACGAGGAAACGAAACACGUAAUAUCUCUCAGUGCUGAACGAAGCAAUGUCGGAUACACGGCGACGUCGUAAAUCCAAUCAGUCAUGCGGUUCCGACGAUCUCUCGGAUUCGUACGAGGAGCUAAACGCUACAAAAGAAACUCAAAGUAGUGAACAAACUGAUGGACAUCAAGAUUCAGAAUGUGACAUUUAUGAAAGCGACUCAGAUGCCGAAUCACAAGAAGGCGGGGAACAACGUGAAAGUGGAGAUGGACAAGAAGAGGAAAAACCACAGAAGAAGUUGGAUGAUGAUGAGGACAGACGUAACCCACAGUAUAUACCGAAACGAGGAACGUUUUAUGAGCAUGAUGAUCGUACAACUGAUGAAGUAACUGAGAAUAACACAGAACAGCAGACGAAUGCAAAAGAAACCAAGGAAAAGAAGGUAUGGAAAGAUAAGGAAGACAGAUGGGACCACGACCGAUACAAUGACGAAGAGCAAGCUCCAAAAAGACCUGAGGAAUUGAUAGCAACGUAUGGUUAUGAUAUUAGAAAUGAAGAAGGGCCACCUAGAGCUAGAAGGAGAAGAAGAUAUGGUCGUGGACCUAACAAGUAUACAAGGAAUUGGGAGGAUGAAGACGCUUAUGGAAAGACUACAACUGGUAGAGGAAAUAACAGACGCUUCCAUAAAAAUAACGAAGAUUUUCCCGCUCUUGGUAAUAGUAAGAAUACUCCAAACAAAGUAGAGGAACCUGUAAUUUCGUCAGCUUGGUAUAGCAGCAAGAAUAAAACACAGAAUAAAACCCAAAACUUCCCGCCGCUUCAAUCCCAGGAUAAUGCAAAAACUAAGCCUGCUAUUGCUUCCAAUACAUCCAUAAGUGAAAAUAAGGCGUCAGAUGAAUCCACUAAUACAUCUUGGAAAAAAGAUGGUAGACACAUUACUCAAAAUCAAAAUACAAAUGGAAACACUGGUUCUGGUGGUGACGCAGAAAAGUUGACUAAUACCAAGCCAUUAUCAAGGGAAAAUAACAAGAGGAACACCCAAGAGUCUGUAAGCUUGGUCGCAAGUAGGACGCGUGGAAGAGGUUUCAAGUCCAAUGCUAAUAACAACAUGGUCACUAACAGAAUAGUUGAGAAUAAAGCGAAAGGCCGCGGCCCGGGCCCGGUUACAAUAGAGAAUCGAAGGAAUAAUACCACACAGCAUAAUGAAGAGCACCAGCUUGCUCAUGAUAUGAAACAACAACUUAAUAUUAAUGAUGGUAGUCAGUAUCAUCAAUCUGCACGACACAACAAAGGUUUUUUCACAUCCGCCAAUCAACACAGAUCAAACACGGUACCCCCUAGAAUGCAACAACAACAGCAAUCACAUCAACAACAAACGCAUACGCCACAACAAACAUUACAGCAACAACAGCAGGAUAAUUCUGGAAAUAGACCUAAACGAUAUUCCAGUCUUCGUCAACGACCUACUAUUACGGAAACUUCCGCACAACAGAAUUAUCCAUCUCAACAUGCCCAACAUGGAUAUUUUCCACCUCAAGCUGGAAAUUCAAGAGCCGUUCUAGAAUCUCAAGGUUAUCCCCAAAGUCAUUUUGAGCAGUCUUCUCCGGUUGCUCCAGCCACAGCAUCUAUGGCAGGGCAACCUGUUAUUUCUCUGCCGCCUGGUGGACAAGCUGCUAGUUACGCGCCACCACCAUUCUUAGUACCACCACCACAAUUCAUACCACCUCAAACAGCACCACCUAGUAUAAUUAAUUACGUUCCCGGUCCAAAUGGCCCGACAUUUCCACCAAACUUUCAAGGCUAUCAGGGAUAUAAUCCUUCAGUACAGCCUCAGGGUCCACCGCCGCCCCAAGAAUUGUUCCAACCGCAAGGAUGUACUUACUACAGUCCUGCGCAACAACAGCAGCAACAGCAGCAAGUAGCUCCUUUGCGGCGACCGAAAGCAGCGAUACCUAUUCUUCCACCACCUGAUAAUCAGCAGAGCGGUCGAGGAAGAGGUAGAAGCACUCAGUAUCAGAACAAUCAAUCUAGCAGUAAUACGCAACAACAGACUGAACAAGAAGCCAAGAGUGGUAAUAUGGUGGAAAGUGACGAGAAACCUGUGCCGGGACAAUUCGACAGUGCGCAAACCGAGCAGCCGAGCACAUUGAAUCAGGAAUCCCAGAAGGAUCAAGAUACGGAAACGAUCAGAACAGUGAACAAUAUGGACGAGGAGGUAGAGAUGAUUACCAAUGCUGACUCUCAUAUAACUAUUGACGCGUCACCCGUUAAAAAAGAUAACUUGGACGAUAGCGUCAGUGUUAAGGAACUAUUAGAAGCGACUUCUAAUGAAAAAAAUGCGGUUUCGCACAGUCCAACGACAUUGGCUAGCGUCGAGACAGAAUUAGGUAACAUUGAAUCCGCAAUUCCCGAAAGUACCAUUGUUGAGAAAGCUGCAGCCUAAAAAGUGUGAUUAUUAUUGCGCUUCGUAUUCACACGUCUCUCUCGCGAUUUACUGCAAGUUGAAGUGUCACUUCGUGGAUUAUAUACGACACGCGUGGGCGAAAGUCUUAUAGUUCAAUUCGCAUAUCCAUAAUUGUAUAUUUAUUCUGUAAUGCAAUUGCGCAUGCAAUCUUCACUAUAGAAUCAGGGACGCAGAAUAAUUAUUAAUUCAGCCAAUUUAUAUUCGAGGAAGUGUGUUAGUGAAUUCAUUAUAUUUUAACAGAUUGAGAAACGUUAAAAUUAUGGUCUCGAAUGCAGUUAUUGCAGUAAACUAACUAUCUGACGUGUACGUCGCGAUUCAUAGCUUUAAAGCCGCUGAUCCGUCACUAGUCAUUUAUACAUUAAUUUAAAAGCGAAAGAUUAUAUGUGAUUGAUUUUACGAUAUUUAUGUCUUAUAUGCUUUAUAUUUGUGUAUCAAAAUUAAUUAGAGCCUUACUCGUGUAUGAAUUUCAUUGAAAAUGAGCUUAUGAAAUACCAUAUGAGAUAAGAGACCAAGAUGAUACAUACAAUGCAUGUAAAUUAAAUUAAAAUUGCGAAAUAAAGUAAAAAAAGAUUCAUUUCCGUAA